CAAUUUACUCGAAUUUCAAAAUACUCGAGCAGUGUUGGCGUUGCAGUGAAAAUGAACCCGAAUUCAUUAUAUCUACGAGUAUAAAAAUUUGAACGAUACAAACAAGACGGAUGUUCAUUUUCAGAGAAGGAUUUUUCAAAGUACGAUUGAAUGUUCUACUCGAAGCGAUUAACGAUUAAAAAAUGAGUAAAAUGGAUAGCGAUGACGAUCUGUACAAUGAUCUGCCAGAAGAAACCACCAGCGAAUACAUAGCUAAGCUUGAAAACAAGGUGGACAUUCUUGAAAAGCAGCGCGAUGAUUCACAAAACUGUAAUAAAGAGUUGAAUUGUGAAAACCAAGAACAACGUAAACGUAUAGAACAGCUGGAGAAAAAAAUCAAAGAUCUCGAACGAAAUAUAUCGUCUUUAUACAGAACUGCGAUAGCUGAAAAUAAACGAAAAGAAAACAUGAUGCACGAAUUACGAGCUCAAAACGAUGAUUUAGCAUUCCGUCGUCAAGCGAAUAACCGAAAUAGACCAACGUAUCGUGAUAGAGAUAAAUCUCGUGAUCAUAAAGAUCCUCGCCGAAGAUAUCACGAAGAAGUUAGUCCUCCCGAAGAGAAUUAUAAAAAUAAAUCUCGUACCGUCGCAGCAGAAAACGAUUUCCAUUCGAGGGAAACGGUUGACAAAAGGAAUAGAUACGACGAAAGACAACAAACCGAUGUUAAAAAAGAGAAAAGCAGCAGUUCCGAACGAAACGAGCAUCGUAGUAGAGAGUUUCACGAUCCACAGAAGCAUCACAGAUCUCGAGCGAAAUUGCCAGAUGGUAAAGAAAAAUAUUUUUCGACGUGUGUGAACGAUCGAGUUGAAAAUCUAUUCGGUGACACCAAGUGGAAAGUGAAUGAGCAUCGUGUUCCUGAUGUGAAACGAGAACCGAUUUUAGAAGAGUUCAGUUCAGCGAAGAAUAGCUACGGUGGUGCUCGAGAGAAACAGUUGGCUUUAGAAAGACACAAUCGUAAGUUAGACGACCAUCGCCAUAGUAGAGUAAAACAAGAACCAAGUCCAGAAUCUAAUCUUGCCAGAAAUGAUCAUCGUGAUGCUCGAGGGAAACACCAGCAUCCAGAAAAACCUGUUAGUGUAUUCGAUGAUCUUCGUGGUACUCGAGAGAAACGACUACCGAUUACGAGAGACCCUCGUACUGUUCGAGAAAAUCAAUGUGUACCUCCAGAGAAGCCAAAUCUUGCGGUGGAUGAUCAUCGUAGUUCUCGAGAGAACCAACAACCACCUUCAGAAAAACCUAAUAUGGUAAGAAAUGAUCAUCGGAACGUUCCAGAGAAUCGAAAACCCAAUAUGGUGAAAAAUGAACACCGAAGUGCUCCAGAGAGCCAAAGACCACCUCUAGAAAAGUCCAAUAUGGUGAAAAAUGACCACCGAAGUGUUCCAGAGAGCCAAAAACCACCUCCAGAAAAAUCCAACACGGUGAAAAAUGACCACCGAAGUGUUCCAUUGAGCCAAAAAUCGCUUGCAGAAAAAUCCAACACGGUGAGAAAUGACCACCAUGGAGUAUUAGAAAGCCAGAAAGCUGUUUUAGAGAAACCCAGCGUGAUGAGAAAUGACCACCGUAGUGUUCCACAGAGUCAAAAAUCUCUCGUAGAAAACUCCAAUGUGAUGAGAAAUGACCACCGUAGUGUUCCACAGAGCCAAAAAUCUCUUCUAGAAAAUCCUGGUGUUGCGAAAAAUGAACUUUGUAACAAUCGUGAGAAACCUCAGCUGCCUCUGGGAAAACCUAAUAUCGAGCUAAACGGCCAUCAUGGUGUUCGAGAAAACCAACAACCUCCUCCAGAAAACCCUUGUAAUGCUCGUGAGAAACCACAGCUCCUUCCGGCGAAACCCAAUGUUGAGGUAAACGAUCAUCAUGCAGCUCGAAAGAACCAACAACCUCUUCCACAAAAACCUAGUCCUGUGAAAACUGAAAACCGUAGAGUUCGUAAAAAACCUCAGCAGCUUCUGGUAAAACCUAAUUCUGAGCUAAAUAAUCAUUUUGGCGUACGAGAAAACCAACAACCACCUCCAGAAAAAUCUAGUCCGGUGAGAGAUGAGCACAGUGUUCGAAAAAAACCGAAGCUGCAAGAAAAUCUUACUCCUGAGCUGAACGAGCAGCGUAAUGUUCGAGAAAACCCGCAGCUGCCUCCUGAGAAAGCCAAUACCGAGCUAAAUAGCAACCGUAGUAUUCGAGAAAAUCAACAACCACUUAAGCAAAAUCCUAGUCCGGUGAGAGAUGACCACAAUGUUCGAAAAAAACCUAAGCUACUUCACGAAAACCUUACUCCUGAGCUAAAUGAGCAGCGUAGUAUUCGAGAAAACUCGCAGCUGCUUCCUGAGAAACCCAAUACCGAGCUAAAUAGCAACCGUAGUAUUCGAGAAAAUCAACAACCACUUUCACAAAAACCUAGUCCGAUGAGAAAUGACCACAAUGUUCGAAAAAAACCUAAGCUGCAAGAAAACCUUACUCCUGAGCUGAAUGAGCAGCGUAGUAUUCGAGAAAACUCGCAGCUGCUUCCUGAGAAACCCAAUACCGAGCUAAAUGAUCACCGUAGCAUUCGAGAAAUACAAAGAACACCUCCAGCAGAAGCUAAUCUUACGAAAGACCAUCUCAAUGUUCCAGAGAAACCCAAACAUGCGCCGAAUGAUCACCGUACCAUUCCAGAAAAACAACCAGUCGCAUCGAAAUCUAAUCUCGAACAAAGUAUUCUUCGCAGCAGCCACGCAGAAAAACCCAAACUUGAACCGGAUGGUCUCCGUCGUAUUCCAAAGAAACGUCAACCACCUCCAUCUAAAUCUAAUCUCGACCAAAAUAUUCUUCGCAGCAGCCAGCCAGAGAAACAAAAUAUGCUUCUAGAAAAACCCAAACUCGCACUCGAUGAUCUCCACCGUAUUCCAGGAGAACGUCAGUCACCUCCGGCUAAAUAUAAUCUCGAACAAAAUAUUCUACGCAGCAGCCAAGCGGAGAAACUAAACAUGCUUCCGGAAAAAAUCAAACUCGUGCUGAAUGGGCAUCGUAAUAUUCGAGAAACACAACCAGCUGCAUUCGAACAAAAUAUCCUUCGCGACAGCCAACAAAAGCAAGAAAAACCUGCUCAAAAUGUCGCCCCCGUAACCAAACCACAACCUCCAAUCAGUAUCACGAAUUGCUUCGAUCCAGUCAAUAUUCUCAGUAAUCUCGCCAACGACUCAUCGAACAAAUCGCUUCACAAAACUCCAGCCAAAGAUUUAAUCGAAGAUUUACUCCACCUGAAAAAUGCUCAAAUGCCUUGCAUACAAGCGCUUCUCAGUAUGAGAAAACAUCCCAAAUUGCUCACACCUUUAAAAGACACGCCGGAUUUAUUGAAAGAAAAAUUCUCGCAGAUGGAAAGUAAUAAAAUCAACGCUAAAAUACCGAUGAUCAACGAAGAAAGAAAUCUAUCACCUUUUAAAAAUGUCGGUUUUGUCGAAAUUGUCUCUAGAAAGGCGGAUGAAGAAGAACCGCCUAAAGCAACCGAUGCAGGGUCGAUUACCGCUUGUUCGGUAACUGUUAGUGAGGAUGUAGAGCAUGGUGUGUUUGCCAGAAAAACUCGUAAACGACCUAUGAUUCGAAAAAUUGUGACUAAUGUUAAAAAACUUGCUCCUAGUUAACUCUUUUUUGUUGUUGUUGUUAUUAUUGUUUUGUAAGUAUGUGAAAAUGUGUACCUACUUAUUCGUGUAACUUAUUUAUUGCAUAUUGAAAAAAGAUACUCAGUUUGUGUUUGUAUAAUAAUAUGUUGUAUCUUAUUAAUUUAUUAUAUUGUACUGAAUGAUGAUAUAUAGGUAAUGAAUAAAUUGUUUUGUAGGAA